CCUCCUGAUCAAAGAUGGAUCUGCAAAUCUCAGUUUUUCUUCUCUUCAUUCUUUUCACUGCAGGACACUCUCUCAGCUGUUAUGAGUGCUUGAGUCUGACGGGUUCUUGUGCAGAUCAGAAGUUAAAAACAUGUCCCAUUGGAUCUUCUCAUUGUGUGACUUCAACAGCAGUGGUAAAAGUUGGUGACAUUCGAUCAAAAGUGACAAAUAAAGAUUGUGCUCCUGCCUGUCAAAGUUUGUCCCUGAACUUCGGCAUUGUAAAGACAACUGCUUCCUGCUGUAACACAGACCAGUGUAACCUCCAAGAUGCAGAUCCCAGCAGUAACGUCCCCAAUGGAAACAAGUGUUUCUCCUGUGAUGGACAGAGCUGCUCCAACAUAGUGAGCUGUUCAGGGACUGAAGACCGCUGUGUUAAAGCAACAGAGACUUCUGGAGGCCGGUCAACUGUUGUAAAAGGCUGUGUGUCUAAAUCACUUUGUAAUGACACAACAUCAGUUCAUAAUGUACCUAAUGUUCAGGACAUCUCAUGUUGUGAGGGGAACCUGUGUAACGGUGCUCAGAGUGUCUCCCAGAGCUUCCUGUUCCUCUGCUGUUCUCUGCUCUCCUACUUCCUGCUGCACUGAAUCCAGCAGCUCUUCAUCCUACAAUCAGACACACUGUACUGAAUAUAGAGCUUGUGUUUGUAUUUUUGGUGAUUUUUUUCCUGUAAAAUUCUGAUGUGACAUUUUAUGAAAUAAAAUACUACAUCACCUUU